AUUAUUCAGUUUUAAUUUGAGCUUUCCAGUGGAAUACUUUUAAUCAAAAUGAAUAAAAAUUUUUAUUGGUGUUUUGUGAUAAUAACUAUCUGUGUAACAUAUUCUCAAAGUGAACAAAGAUUUUAUGCUCGACUACCUAAAAACAUUAUCCCAAAGUUUUACGAUUUGAAACUGUGGAUACCUGAUAUUCUAAACUACGUUACCUACAAAGGUCAAGUAAUUAUUGAUUUUUGUAUUACUACAAAAUCACACUCAAUUAUUUUAAAUGUUGAUGGACUUAUAAUACAAAAAAAUAGAACAAAAAUAUUGAAUUAUGACAGCUACAACGAUGCUAUAAAAAUUAUCACUCAAGAUCUGGAUAUAGAGAAGCAAUUUUUUAAAAUUACUUCAGAUAAGGAGUUCAAUAUUGGAAAUUAUUCUUUAUACUUAUAUUUCACGGGUAAAAUUCGCGACGAUUUAUUUGGAUUUUACAGAAGCAAAAGUAAACAGGGAAAUGAGACGAGAUGGAUGGCAGUGACUCAAUUUUCACCUAGUUAUGCUCGACAAGCUUUUCCUUGUUUUGAUGAACCUUACUUAAAAGCUCAAUUUAAAUUACACAUCGGACACUAUGAUCACUUUAAAGUUACCUCUAAUACACUUCCAGAACAAGUUUCAAAAACUUUUAGAAAAAAUUAUGUAAUUACGUCAAUGAAAACAACUCCAAAGAUGUCAACAUAUUUAUUCGGAUGGGCCAUUCACGACUUUGACUAUUUUUAUUUAUUAAAUUUAACUAUGGUAGGAAUGUGGACAAGAAAAACGAUGAAAGAAGAAAGUUGUAUUGCAUUACAAGAAGGAUGGCUUAUAUACAAGGCUCUAAAAGCUUGGUUGAAUAUUGAGAAUCCAAUUGAAAAAAUGGAGCAUAUCGCAGUAACAAAUUUUUAUUUUAAUGCAAUGGAAAAUUGGGGCAUGAUAACUUUCAGAGAAUCUGCUGUUCUCUAUAAUAAAAAUAUUACCCCUACAAAAUCAAUACAUAACGGGUUAAGCACUAUGGGCCAUGAAUAUGCCCAUACGUGGUUUGGAAAUCUAGUAACUCCAGAGUUUUGGAAUGUUGGCUGGUUAAAAGAAGGCUUCGCUACAUAUUUUUCAUAUUUUGGACGAUCUCUUGUUCAUCCUGAGUCGAGGAUGAUCGAUUUAUUUAUCAUAGAAAAUGUGCAAGAAGCACUUGACGAUGAUGCCCAAGACCACAAUCGAACAAUGAAUGGCAGAAAUCCUGCUGAAGUCCAAAACACUUUAGGAUAUGCAGAUUUUGUUACUUAUAAAAAAGGAGCAUCUAUAAUAAGAAUGAUUGAACAAAUAAUGGGAGAAAGAUUAUUCCAAGCAGCUCUGCAAAGCUAUUUAAACAAUUUAUCUUAUAGUUUUGUAACACCUUCAAUACUUUAUACUUAUUUACGAAACUACACAACAGUUCAGCAAUUAGUAUUUAGUAUUGACAUUGGGGAAAUAACUGAAACUUACGCAAACCAACCCGGUUACCCUCUCAUCACCGUUACGAGGAAUUAUUCAGAUUUUUCGAUCCGAAUUUCCCAAGGCCGUUUCUAUCAGCAUUCAAACUGGACCACUAAACCAAAAGCUCAACGUUGGUGGAUUCCUUUGAACUUUAUGUCGGAUUCUCAAAGAAAUUCUAAUGUUUCUGUGUUUGGUUCUACGUGGGUUAAACCUCAUGAAAAGGAUAUUACAAUAAAGUUUAAUAUUGAUCCUCAGGAAUGGAUUAUCUGUGAUAUUGACAAAGCAGGGUAUUAUCGUGUGAACUACGAUGACAGAAACUGGAACAUGUUGAUAUCACAUCUGGGUUCCAGUGCAUUUAAUACAAUUAGGCCGAUAGCUAGAGCGACUCUUAUAGAUGAUGCCUUCAACCUGGCUAGAGGCGGUUAUAUUCAUUACAGGAUCGCUUUCCGACUUGUUAACUAUCUUACUCAGGAAAUAGAAUAUGAACCAUGGUAUGUUGCAUUAAAGUCAUUGGGGUUUCUUCAACGGAUUUUCCAAGACUUCACUACUCUUCAGGAUUCAUUGCAGAAUUACGUCAAGAGUAUUUUAAAUCCUGCUUACGUUUCCAUAUCUUUUGAGAGAAUUAAUGAGGGUCAAUUACGUUCAAAACUCUUGAGGAAUUUAAUUUUAUCUGCGGCUUGUAAAUUUCAAAAUGAUCACUGUUUGAAAACUGCGAAAUCAGUCUUUCAAAGUUGGAUGAAAAAUUCUUCAAAUACAAUUGAACCAGAUUUAAAGAGUUUUGUUUACUGUGUUGGUAUUCAAUCAGGAGAUGCAGAAGUCUGGAAAAAAGUUUUUCGUCGAUUUAUUCAAUCUGAUUUGCAUAACGAAAAAGAGUUAUUGAUAGAAGCUCUUGGUUGCACUGAUAAUUCAAUGCUGAUUAAACAAUUUUUAAAUUUUGCUACUUUUAAUAAUACCGUUGCUUUGCCUGAACAAUAUCGGAUAGUAAUAUUCUAUAAAAUACUUGAUGGAAGUAGAAAAAAUAUUAAUUACUUAUUAGACUUUAUGUCUGAGAAUAUUAAAAAUAUAUUGGAAACAAAAGGUCAAUUAUUCUUCUAUAAAAUAUUGAAUGCAAUCAAAACAAGAAUUACUUCUAAAGAAAAUUUAACAAAAUUAUAUAAUUUUUUUGAAGAAAAUAUUGAUGUUUUUAACAAUACUGAAAUAAUCAAUGAUACUAUUAUUUAUGCCACCAACAAUGUUGAUUGGAUCAAAAAAUAUGCUCCAAUAAUUGCAAUUUAUAUUGAAAGUCUUUCAAUGAUAGGACAAUCAAAAACAAUUCCUCAAAAUUAUGAAAUAUUAUUAGACUUUGGUGGAAAUAAUGAUGAUUGUUCAGUGAAAAAUUGUAUUUAUACUGGAGAAGUAAAUAUUACUCUUAAAGUCACAGGACGAACAGAUUUUUUUUCGAUUCAAGCUGACUCGAAAAUGAAAAUUGAUGAAAAAAAGACUCGAAUUGUGGCAAUUGCUCUUCUUAUACCCAACCGAGCUUAUCGUUUAUUUCCUUGUCUCUCAGAUUUAAAAUGGCUAUCAACAUUUGAGCUAUCAAUUAUUCAUCCUACAGAAUUUUCAGUACUUUCUGGAACUCCUUUAAAGUAUCGCAAAAAAAUGGCUCCUAAUACUUCUAUUUCUGUUUAUCAAUCAACAGAAAAAAUUCAAGCUCAUCAUGUGUUUUUUGCUAUAUGGAGUUAUAAAAAAUAUGAAACUGAUACGAUAAAUUUUUGGUAUCCAUCAGAAAUAGAAGAUGAAGACGUCAAGAUGUUGAUCGUGUAUUACAUUCAUAGUUUUGGAUUAAUGAUGAACAAUACUUUCUCAUCAAAGAGUCGAUUCAAUGUUGUUUCAUUUCCAGGUUCUAGAGUAAUAGAUUUUUAUACAACUCGUGGAGUAAGUUUACUGAGCAAAGAUAAACAAAAAUUAACAGAUAAAAGAAUUAUCAUGACUCGAAGUUGUUCUUCAAGGGAAAGCCGAGUAAUCUUUGAUAAAGAUGAAUCCACUACCACAGAUAGGAUGGAAAUGUUAACUGACAUAAGUCGCAGUACUGUUCGAUAUUGGAUUGGUAUUUUACACUUUCCAAGAUUUUGGGAUGAUUAUUGGAUUUACACGGCUAUUGCUGAUUAUAUAGCAACUUUCAUAUUUCAUGUUAUCGAACCAACUUUUCGAAUUCACGAUUUUUCAUUAGCUCGAACAAUUUUAUGGACCAGAUGUGAUCGAGACACGAUGGCAGCAUCAACCAUACCAUUUUACUUAUUUGAUACAUGGGAAGACAGAAAAUAUUUCCGCAAAGAAGAAUAUAUAAGCUAUCAAGCUUUGACUAUUGUCGCGACAAUUCAUCAGUUAUUUGAUUUCAAGGAUAUUAUGGGAUUGAUAAGAUUAUUUUUGUCACGCUGGGGAAAUGAAUCAUUCGGUCCAACUCUAAAAGAAAUGUUAUCUCUUCUUGAUAAUAAAAGUGUAGAAAGUUUUACUAAUGAUUGGCUAAAAAAUCGUGGAACUCCACUUAUCACCAUUACUUUAGAUGAACUCGGUGAAUAUGCUGAGAUAGUACAAGAACGUUUUAAUACAUUUGGUCCAGGAAGUACAGUAAAUUAUACUUGGACUAUUCCGAUUCGAUGCAUUAAUCAUCAGACUAAUAAAUUUUAUCAUCUGUGGCUCAAAUCGAAAAGUUUAUUUGUCAAUGCGACUGAAAUAAAAUUUUGUUUAUUGAGUGGACAUUCUGUGGUUCCAUAUAGAGUAAAUUAUCCAGAAGCAUGGUGGAUUGAUAUUAUUCAGCUUCUCAGACACAAUCAUUUAGCGAUAAGUGAAAUGCAAAGAAUGUGGAUUAUUGAUGAUUUAUAUGAAUUAUCUGUAGCUGGAUACAUACAUAUUGAAUAUUUAUAUCAUUUGUUUGAAUACUUGAAGAUGGAAUUCGAUUAUUUUCCUUGGUUAGCUGUUGGGAAAGUUUUUGGAAAGUUAAAAAAUAUGUUGUCUCUCAGCAAAUAUGAAAAUCAUAAAGCAUUCCACAGGCGAUUAUUAGUAGGUUUAAUUUCCAAUGUCUAUAAUACACUAAAAAUGGAACCAACUCAAUCUCAUGAAAAUUACUAUAUUCGGUUGCACAGAAAAAAUAUUAUGAACCUCGCCUGUACCUACGGCCAUGAAGACUGUCUCAAGGAGUCCGAAUGGAGAUUAGAUUGUUACUUAAAUGCUGUUUCACAUGAUUGUCCCAAAGGGUUACCAUUUAUUUUACUUAAAACUCUAUCGAAACUAUAUUUUUACAAUUGGAAAUAUUUUAGACGUUGUUCUAUGAAAUGGAAAAAGUGUGCUUCUAAUCCAGAUGUUCGUGAAAUAAUCUUCUGUCAAGGUUUACGCCAUGCCACACCUAAAUUCUGGUAUAAAGCAUUUCAGUUGCUCAAUGGAUCAACUUUAUUUCAUUCAACCCGACUCGUAAUUUCUCGAGGUCUUGCAUGUACAGAAAAUAUUCACAUUCUUGAAAACUAUUUAGAUUUUAUGCUGAAUGAUGAAAAAAUAUUUCCUGGAGAAAAUGUGUUUCCAAUAUUACUAACUGCAGCAAGAAUGAGUGAAGAACAUGCGCAAUUAAUUCUAAUACAAACAGCUCAUGAGUAUCAUAAACAUUCGGCUCAAAUUGCUGAAGAAAUCUAUUCUGAUGAAUCUGUAAGAAAAACAUCAAAACAUAUGCCAGAUGAUGAAGAAGUUAGUUAUUUACUUCCAGAAAAUGUGAAAAAAGUCUUAACCGCCAAUACAAAAAUAGCUAAUAAGAUAUUAGUAAAAAUUGCCAAACAAGUAGUAAAAAGUGUUGAUUGGCUAAAAAUGUUGCUUUUAAAAGCACUGCUCUCUACACUUUUUUUGGUGACAUUUAUUCAAGGAAUACCCCUUUCACCGAAAGAUUCUGAAUUUGUAAAUAAUUUAUACUCGUCUCGGGCAGUACCUGGAGAAUACCGAUUACCCUCUUCUGUUGUACCUAAUCAUUAUGACUUAGUAUUAGAACCCUGGCUUGAAGAAGAAAAAUUUACCUUCGAUGGUAGAGCUAUUAUUGAUAUAACGGUUAAAGAAGCGAAUAAGAAAAUAUAUCUACAUGCAAAAGAAUUGACAAUAACUAAAGAAGAUGUUAAAUUGUCGAACACAUCAACGGAAUUAAAGGUUGAAACAAUCGACAUAGAUAAAGAAAAAGAUUUCCUUAUGAUCUCGUUUCUCCAACCAGUACCAAUUGGUAACUGGACAUUAACUAUAAAGUAUAAAGGAAUCCUCAAUGAUCAACUAACAGGAUUUUAUCGAAGUUCAUACAAAAAUAUUCUUGGAGAAAUAGAGUGGAUGGCAUCUACUCAUUUUGAACCAGUUGGUGCUCGUCAAGCUUUUCCAUGCUGGGAUGAGCCAGCUUUGAAAGCUACAUUCAAAAUUUCUAUUCGACACAAUCGAAGAUAUAAUGUAAUUUCAAAUAUGCCAGAUUCAGAGACCAUUGGAAUCGAUAAAAAAACGACUUCGUUUCCACAAACUCCUAAAAUGUCUACUUAUUUAGUAGCCUUUGUUGUAGCUAACUUUGAUUAUAUAGAAAGUCAAAAUAAUUCAUUAUUCAGAAUAUGGGCUCGAAAAAACAUGAUUCAACACGGAAAAUAUGCUUCAGAAGUUGGUUAUGAAGAGUUGAAAGCUUUAGAAAAUUUCACAAAUAUCUCUUUUGAAGAACAUAAACUCGGAAAGAUGGACUCGGUUGCUUUACCUCAGCUAUCUGCUGGUGCUAUGGAAAAUUGGGGAAUCGUUACUUAUAGAGAAAGUGGUUUGCUUGUUGAAGAAAACGUCACAUCAACUUUUAACAAGGAAGCAGUUGCUAAAGUGAUAUCUCAUGAAUUUGCUCAUCAAUGGUUUGGUAAUUUAGUCACUCCUGAAUGGUGGACCUAUGUAUGGCUUAAUGAAGGAUUUGCGACUUAUUUCCAAUAUUUUAUAACAGACCAAGUCACCGAAACAUGGCGUUUGAUGGAUAGAUUCGUGGUAGAAGUUUUGCAAGGAUCAGCUUUUAUAGCUGAUGGAACCAACACUAGCCAUGCUAUGGAUGUAAGCGUGGAAAGCCAACAAGACGUGAGCAAAAUUUUCGACAAUAUUAGUUACAGAAAAGCUGGCUCCGUUAUUCGUAUGUUUUCCUAUGUCCUGGGUGAAGAAAAAUUCCAAAGCGCACUACAAUCAUAUCUGAAGAAAAAGAUGUUUGGUGUCAGUACAUCUAAAGAUCUCAUUGAAGAAUUUGCGAGUGUGAGUGCUGAUAAAGAUGUAAAAACUGCUUUUACUAGUUGGGUUACUCAACCUGGUUAUCCAGUAUUAACUGUUACUAGACACUACGCUAACGGAAGUGCAACACUGAAGCAAUCACGUUUUUUGUACAAUCAGACUGAAACGUCAAAAGAAAAAUAUUGGAUUCCUUAUGAUAAUGUUAUUGGAGAAGCAGAUGAUAAGAUCAAUUUCAAUCGAACAAAAAUUGAAUGGUUAAAACCAGAUGAAACAGUAAAAACAAUUACUGGAAUAAAGAAUGACACAUGGAUUAUAUUCAACAAACAACAAUUUGGAUAUUAUCGAGUUAAUUACGAUGAACUGAAUUGGAAGUUAAUUGGGAAUGCUUUAGAAACUAAUCAUUCAAAAAUUCAUAUUUUAAAUCGUGCUCAAUUAGUUGAUGAUGCUUUCAAUCUUGCUCGAGUGAGACUGCUUCCUUAUAAUGUAACUUUUCGAGUAUUACAAUAUCUUAAACAAGAAGCUGAUUAUGUUCCAUGGUAUGCUGCUUGGAAUGGUUUUUCUCAUCUCAGUAAAAUUUUAGCCAACACUGAUCAAAGUCAACCAUUCAAGGAUUACGUAUUACGCUUAACCGGUGCUUUAGUGAACGAUAUUAAAUUUGAAGAAUCUGUUGAAGAUGAUCAUAUAAAAAAAUUACAAAGAGUUACAGUAAUAGAAAAAACUUGUGCAUUUGGUUUGAAAUCGUGUGCAAAUCAUACGUCUGAAAAAUUACGAAAAUGGUUAGAGAGUUCUGAUGCAAAUCCCCUCUCACCAGAUUUGAAAAGUGUUGUUCUAUGUGGUGGAGUACGUAGUGCUAACAGAGUAUCUUGGAAUAAAUUGCUUCAAAAAUAUAAAAACGAACAAGAUGAGAAUCUUAUAACUGCGUUAGGAUGUACAUCAGACGUUGAAAUCUUGAAAGAUUAUUUACGAAUGACAUUUAAUGGAACAUUAAAAUCUGCAAAUCGUGAUCAGGUUUUCAAAUCAGUAUAUUCUGGAAGUGAAAAUGGUAUCAAUGUAGCCUUAGACUUCAUUAUUUCUGAUUCAAAGCUCAUCAACGGAAAUGAUGCCAAAAAUGAAACUCUGAUAAAAUAUAUAACGGAAAUAGGAGAACGAAUAACUACUGAUAGUCAACUUAAAAAAAUUGAAAAUUCUGAUUUUCCACCCAACAUUAUUUCAGCAGGGGUUUAUAAUGCUAAAAAAAAUAUUGAGUGGUUAGGGUUACAAAUGAGUGACAUUCAAAACUACUUUAAAGUAGAAAGCAAUGAUCCAGAUUCUGCAUCAAUUUAUACCUUAUCCACCAUGCUACUUGUAAUGUCAAUAGCAUUUACAGUACUUCAUUAUCAAUCAAUUUUUCUUAAGAUGAUUGAAAAAGUUAUUUUGUUCGUAGUAUUCUUAUAUGUUAAUAGUGGAUCCUCGGCAUAUGGAAACGAUCAACAUUAUGUGACUCGUUUACUAGCUAAGGUUCUAAGUUAUCGAUUACCAAAUGAUACAGUUCCAAUUUCAUAUGUGUUACAAAUAGAACCUCAUAUUGAUGCAGAAAAUUUUACAUUCAAUGGUGAAGGUACUCUCAUCUUUCAAGUAGAACAGCCCCUUAAAGAUAUUACUCUUCAUGCCAACAAUUUAGAAAUAGAUAAAAGUUAUACUAGACUUAUAGCUAGUGAUGGAACUAGUUGGAAACCAAUUUCACAAAAAUGGAAUUCUAUUCUAGAAUUUUUUAAUAUAAAAUUUGAUAAUGAACUUAAAGUGGGAAGAUAUUCUCUUAAACUUAAAUGGAAAGGAUAUGAUGCUCAUUAUUGGCGUGGAUUUUAUCGAGCAGUUGAUGAAGACUCGAGUGGACGAUCAACAUACAUGAUAGCAACACAUUUUCAACCUACUGCUGCACGCAAUGCCUUUCCGUGCUGGGACGAACCGGGAUUAAAAGCAGAAUUUGAGAUCGCAUUAAAACAUUAUCCAAACUAUACAGCUAUUUCUAAUAUGCCUGUGAGAAGUCGUGUAGAAACAGAUGAUGGAAAAAUUUUAACUCAUUUUGAAAAGACUCCAAUAAUGUCAACUUAUUUAGUAACUUUUAUUGUUGCAAACUAUGCUAAACGAUUUGUUCAUCAUGAUAAUCUUACAUUUUAUACAACAGUCGAAAAUAUACGUUUUACAAGUCUUGCUUAUGAAGUUAGCGAAGCGAUUUUAUAUGAAAUGGAAAAUUAUACUAAAAUACCUUACUCACUUCCCAAGCUUGAUCAAGUAACUAUUCCUCAGUACUCGUCUUCUGCUACAGAACAUUGGGGAGCUAUCAGUUAUUGGACUAAUCUGAUUUUAUAUAAGGAGUUCGAAACGAGUGUCAUCGCCAGAGAUCGGAUAGUUUACCUAACUGCACAUGAACUAUCUCACCAAUGGUUUGGAAAUUUAGUAACACCUGCUUGGUGGGAUGAUCUUUGGUUGAGUGAAGCUUUUGCAGUAUAUUUCACAUACAAAAUGACAGAUUUGGUAUUUCCUUAUUGGAACAGUAUUGAGUUAUUCAUUACAGAAGUAGUACAUCAAAUUUCAUACAAUGCUGAGUCUAGAGGUAGAGUACCACGUCCUAUCAAAUGGUAUCCUGCGUCACCAACGGAAAUUAGACAAAUGUUUACUCCAGUAACUUAUCGUAAAGGGGCAGCAGUAUUACGUAUGCUUGAACAUAUAGUGACUGAAGAAGUUUUCCGUGAUGGUAUCACGAAAUAUUUAAAUAAACACCGUUUUGGAGUUGUUACAACUAAUGACCUAUGGCGAGCUCUUCAAGAUACAUAUCAAGAAAAAGGAGUACAUCCACACUUGAAUAUAAAAAAAAUUAUGGACCCAUGGUUAGAACAAACAGGAUUUCCUAUAUUAAAAGUAGUUAGAGACUAUAAAACUGGAAUAGCGAAUGUCACACAAUCAAAUGCAUUAGAUCAAGAAUCAGAUAAUUUAUGGAUGAUCCCUGUAACACUCACGACAAGUACACAUCCUGAUUUUAAUUAUACAAAACCAACCCAUUGGAUUCCGAGAUCUCGUGAUAAUUAUACAUUUUAUGGUAUCGAUAAGGACGACUGGGUGAUUCUUAAUGUUCAACAAACUGGUUUUUAUCGAGUUAAUUAUGAUUAUGAGAAUUGGAAAAGAUUAGCUGAUUAUCUUAAUACUGAUAAUUAUGAAAAAAUACAUGUGAUCAAUCGUGCCCAAAUCAUCUUUGAUAUUUUUGAUUUUAUGAAAAAUGAUAAAAUGUAUGUUGAACCAUUUUUUGAUAUCGCAUUGUAUUUAUAUAAAGAAACUAAUUUUCUUCCUUGGAUGCCUAUAUUAUCUGCAAUUGAAUCUUUAAAUCAAUUAUUAAUUAAUACACCAGUUUAUGAUUUAUUCUCAAAAUUAAUGUUACAUUUGAUGAACAAUAUAGUAGACCAUGUUGGUUUUGAGGAUCAAAAAUAUGAAAAUCAUCUAGAUGCUCUUGCAAGAUAUUAUCUUUUACCUUGGGCUUGUACUUUUGAUCAUCAAAAAUGCAAAGAAGCUGCUCAGACAAAAUUUAUCAAACAUUUCAAGGAUCCUGAAAAAUAUCCAAUAAAUCAAAAUGAAGAGAUCUGGGUUUAUUGUAAUGGCUUACAAGCAUCCAAUGAAAGUGUCUGGGAAGAAGUAAUGAAUGCGCAUCUCGCUAAUCCGUUGUUUCAAUCAGGUUUUGAAUAUUUGGGAUGUACUGAUAACCAGUAUUUAAUUAGGAAGUAUUUAAAUCUGGCCAUGGCAGAAAAUGCCACCCAACUAACGGAUUUAAUUUCAGAUGCAUUUAUUUCUAUAAUGGCAGGAAAGCGAGAAAAUGUCAUUUUUGUUUUGGAUUAUUUUGUCAACCAUAUUGAUCGGAUCAGAGAAUACUACAACAUUAGAAACAUGACCGGAAGAAUAAAUAUUGUCAUUCAAGAAUUCAGCUAUGCAAUUAAAUCUUCUGAACAAUAUAAUCAAUUUGUUGAUUUUCUUACCAAUGAAGAAAAAAAAGGAAAAAUGCAGAAUGUAGAUGAAACAUUGGAAAGAGCAAGAGAUUCGAUGGAGACAAGUGAAAAAGUAUCAUCUACGUUUCAUUCAUUACUAUCCAAAAAACCAGGAUUGUUUGAUUCUUUACAAUGCUGAUAAUAUUUUAUUGUUAAUUCAAUUUAUACAGUGAAAACAAAUGUUGUAUAUUCAUCGUUUU